CACACAAUAACUUUCUCGACCUCUCCGGCUGGGGAAUGGGGAAACAGUGUGGAAGUCGGGGUGGCCUCUUGGUCUUUUUAUUUUGCCUUUGUGACCUUCACCUGCGGCAGGGAUUUUUUCUUACAUCACCUGCUGAUCAAAUAACUACUUUAUAGGCCCACAGGCAAGGAUUACUCAGAAUUAGUCAUGCUGGGUGCACCCAAGGUGCGGAGGAGGCGGGCGACUUGUCGUCAUAUUUCCUGAAGUAUUUAAAGUUUCACAGUUCAGUGCAGCACGCAGAUAGCGUCUGGAUACUCAUCGCCAACAUGCAGGGAGAAACGGCUGUGAUAAGACAAGGAUUCCUGGUCAAAAGGGGUCAUGUUAUUCACAACUGGAAAGCACGGUGGUUUGUAUUGUACAAGGAUCAACUUCUCUACCAUAAAAUUGAAGGAGGAAAGAAGGAAUCUCGUCCUAGAGGCAUCAUUUCUUUAGUAGGAUGCACUGUUUCCUGUCCCUGUCUGGAUUAUGAAAAUAGGCCGCUGGUGAUAAAACUGAAGGCAAAGAAUUCUGUCGAGCAUUUCCUUGAAGCUUCCUGCCGUGAGGAGCGAGAUUCGUGGGCUGAAGAUAUUAAUGUUGUGAUCAGGGCUAUUAACCCAGAACAUCAAAAGCAACUGUGUUCUUCUGACACGUCCUUCGAAAUAGCAGCAAACAUUUGCUUGAGUCACGUAAUCAAAGAGAUGCAAGAAACCAACAGUGGGAUCAAGGAGAUGACAAACGGUGAAUAUGGGAACACCUACAAACAAUGCUUCACCGGCUCGACAGCUAUUGACUGGCUGGUGUCCAAAAACGUUGCCCAUUCCCGAUCAGACGCCGUCACCAUCGCCUCCCUUCUCAUCGAAGAUGAUCUGAUCAAGCCCGUUGGAGAUAAAAGCACAAAAGCCAGGUGGAAUAUCGUCAGCACAGAGCAGUUCCUCGAUGAUUCAACAGCAUUGUAUUGUUUUGCAAAAAGUGAGAGGAAAACGGGUAGUCCUAAUGAUAAAAUUGAAAUACCACAUAUUGAUCUCAGUGGCAAGAUUGUAAAGCAAGGAUUUUUGAUGAAGCAGGGACACAAAAGAAAGAACUGGAAAGUGCGAAGUUUUGUUCUGAGGGAGGAUCCUUCACACCUACAUUACUAUGAUCCCUGCAAGGAACCAAAUAAUGAACCAGUUGGUGGUAUGUCACUUCGUGGCUGCUUGGUAUCUGCAUUGGAAGAUAAUGGAAUCCCACCAGGAAUAAAGGGAAAUGUUCAAGGCAACCUCUUCAAGAUCAUUACCACCAACGAUGUGCAUUAUUACAUACAAGCUGGCUCUAGUGCUGAAAGAUCUGAGUGGAUUCAUGCAAUCAAACGAGUAUCUUAAACAUCUGGUAAAUGCCCACAGUUGGAAAAUAUAACACAGAAAAAGAACUGGAAAAACUAUUUCUAUGGUCAAUCUUGUAGCAGUUGAUUCUUUUCAAGGUAGUGUUAUGUUCGAUUAUGGGAGAAGGCAGUCUUAACUAUGAAAACAUUUCUCAUGUGUUAUUUGUCUACACACUCUCACAGAGAAUGGCGCACUGUCAAGAAAAAUUAUCCACUGACUUUUUGAACUGUUUUACAGGAAGAAUGAAAUAUGGUAGACUUUAGAUACAAAACUGGAACAGCUAGGUUGUUGUAAUUUUUAAACUUUGCAUUAAGAUUUGUUUUAUGUCUACCUGUAAAUUUUUAAUGAGUAAACUGUUUACCAGGCUAAUUGGACAACCCUCAAAAGCUCCCAACGGCAAUGCAACACAGUACAGGCCCUGUUCCACUUUCCCGAGUUACUCACGAACUCUCCCGAGUUUUACCCUUGAUUCGAACUCGGGGAAUGUCGGUAGCGAGCUCGUAGGAGUCCGUAGAUGUUUUGU